GAGCCUUCACCUCGCUGUCGCGCAUGCGCCGCCGGCUCCCUGCCGGGGUCCCUCAGCGCCGCCCUCCCGCGGGGCGCCCCGCGGCCGUUGGGCUCGCGCCGCGGCCGUUGGGGUAAUUGAAAGAACAUGGCGGUGUGAUCUCCCCGAGUUCCUCAUCCACCCGGCUUUGACAUGAUCAAGCAUCUGGGCGAAGAUGUGCGCGCCAGGCUGCGCUCCGGAGUGACUAUCACCUCGCUGGGGCAGUGCGUCGAGGAGCUUGUCCUCAACAGCAUCGAUGCCAAAGCAACGUGUGUAGCUGUCAGGGUGGAUUUGGAAGCUUUUAAGAUCCAGGUGGUAGACAACGGCUCCGGGAUGGGGAGAGAUGAUUUGCAUAAAAUGGGAAAGCGAUAUUUCACUAGUAAGUGCAGCUCAGUGGGAGACCUGGAGAACCUGACGUACUAUGGCUUUAGAGGGGAGGCUCUGGCAAGCAUAGCUAACGUGGCCAGCGUUGUGGAAGUUUCAUCAAAGACCAGCAGGACAGCAAAAACCUUUAUGAAACUGUUUCACAACGGGCAUGCGCUGGAAGUCUGUGAAGCUGAGCUGAGCAGACCAAGUGGCGGAACGACAGUGACCGUGUGCAAUCUGUUCUAUCAGCUGCCGGUGAGGAGGAGGUGCAUGGAUCCUGUGCUGGAAUUUGAGAGAGUGAGACAGAAAGUAGAGGCAAUUUCGCUGAUGCAUCCCUCUGUUUCACUUUCUUUAAGGAACGAUGUUUCUUGUGCCAUGGUGCUUCAGCUCCCUAAAACGAGAGACAUUUACUCUCGUUUUUGUCAAAUCUAUGGGCUGGGCAGAUCACAGAAGUUAAGAGAAGUGAGUCAUAAGUCUGGAAGAUUUGAGAUAGGUGGUUAUAUCAGUUCAGAAGGACAUUACAACAAGAACAUGCAGUUCUUGUAUGUGAAUAGGAGGCUUGUUUUAAAGACAAGACUACACAAACUAAUUGAUUUUUUAUUAAGAAAACAAAGUGUCAUUUGCAAAGCAAAAAGUGGCCCCGCAAACAGACAGGCUUGCUCAAGUCCUGGUCGCCAUCGUAGUGGCCCAGAGCUGUACGGGAUCUUUAUUCUCAAUGUGUCCUGUGCGUACAGUGACUACGAUGUGUGUCUGGAACCUGCAAAAACUCUGAUUGAGUUCCAGAACUGGGAUGCUCUUCUAGCUUGCGUAGAGGAAGGAGUGAAAAUGUUUUUGAAGCGAGAACAUUUAUUUAUUGAACCAUGUAGCGAGGACAUCAGAGAAUUUAACGAAGAUAAUGACUUUUGUUUGUAUAAUGCUCCAGUUCUGAAGCCCUCGCUCUCCGAGGAGAAGAGCAUCCAAGAAAACUUUAAGAAAGCAUGUGAUGAAAUUUUGGAUUCCUAUGAAAUAUGUAAGUUGCAAUCAAAAGAUGUCAAAAGAAAAUCCACGAUGGGGAAAAAAUCUUCAAAUGCUACAGAGCCAAAUAAAAAUCCACAGGAAAUUGAAGUUUCCUCAAAUCAAAAGACUGACGAACCAACUGAUCCGUGUAGAAACAAUAAAGCAGAGAUUCCACUGCCCAGCAGAGAUGACACAGCUUCUAAUUUCACUAUAUCAGGUAUCUCAGAACAGGAGCCAAAAGACGCUAAUUGUUCCCAAACAGUGCCUGAUGCUCACCUCAGAUCUUCAGAAAAUCUCCAUUCCUGUUUCACUGAAGGGGCCAGAUCAGCAAUAAUAAAAAUAGACAGUCGUCGUGACCUGCAGCGUUGUGCAGACAACUACAUAAAAGAUGUGGGAAAGCAAGACAGAGUAGUGCAGAAAAGCAACACGGUCCGUAACUCGAAUACUGAUAUUAUUCGGUGGCUGUCUGAGAGAAAAGACCCUACUGAUACAGCAACAGAGUCUGAAACUGUCUCUGGAAGUUCAUUGAUAAGACUGUCUAAUGCAGGAAAAGGAGACAGGGAAACAACUGAAGUGGUGGAUGAUGCCGGAAGGGGAGCUGCUAGUUCAGUACCCAAAAAAAUGGGUUCUGUAGGCCUCAAAACACAUGUGGUGCAAAACGAACCCCCACGUGGGCGUGAACAAACAGAAACAAGUCUUGCGUUAAACAGGCACAGUAGACCUGGCGCUGUCACUGCCAAGCACACGUUUAGGCACAAAGUGAGUUUUCCCACUCCAGCUUUAAAUGCUAAGGAUAUUUCCAGUAAUACAAAUAAAGAAUACACACCUCUCUGCAGCAGAGAAGUAUGCACGGCUGAUGGAAGCAAGCAGUCAGAGAACAAAAGUUUGUCAAAUCAGGUGAGUGAGGGGAUAGCCAUGCCCGCUGCUGCCAGUAAAAGACAUUACGAAACGUCUGAUGUUACAGAAUUGCCACUGGCAACAUCUUUAGGUAAGCCUCACAAUAAAGCUACAAAAAGUCCUAGGAAACAAGUAGCUGAGCCAAGAUCGCAGCCCUGUAAGAAGCUGAGCCUAUCCACACAGCUGGGCUCACUAGAAAAGUUCAGGAGAUAUUACGGGAGAGUCAAGUGUAUGCUGCCAACGCCGUUAGCAGAGCAGAGCAAAUCUGGUGUCCCCGUUUUUAAUUCACAAGCGAACCGUGACUUUUCAAAGAAGCAGAAUGAUGGCCACGGUGGCUUGAGUAUUUGUGAGACUCCGACUUUGGAACGCACAGAUUCUAAUAAUAACAGCCAGCUUGUGAGAUCUUUGGAUGAGACUUUAGUCUGCAGUGGAGAGGUUUCACCAGACAAACGGGCCGUUUGUCAGAGCCCUUUGACAUUGUCUGAUUACUCAGAGGUUAGUAAAACAAACAUAAGUAGUAGAAGAUCUCCAGGAUCAUUAUCAUCCAAACUGUCCAGAAUGAAAAGCGACCACAAAGAAGUAAAACAACUUGGUGAGCAAUUCCAAACAGAUUCCAGUGGAAAAGAUAACCACUCUUUUGUUCUUGAAUCUUCAAAUAAUGAUGGUUUGUAUAAUGCAUGGCGAAUGUGUGAAUCAGCAGUGGAAAACAUGAGGGAAAGUUGCAGCAUUUCUAAGGGGGAUGCUUGCCAGCCAUCAGACGCUACGAGAGCAGAACCCACGAAGCACACUGUCAGCUCAUCACCACUCAGCAGCACUGAAGGGGAAUACGCAGUCUCUGCAAGCAGUGUUUUACCGUUACCAGCAAAAAAAGAUUAUCCUAAUGUAAUCUGUGAAGAUAAAAGCGUGUUAGCUGAAUUCUCAAAUCAAAACCUGAAAGAUACCGAGGUUCCCUGUGUAACCUUCCCAAGUAACUUGGCGUUCUCUGCGGACAACACAAGUAGAGGAGACCCCGGAGAUGAUUUGCGUUGGUCUGACUGGCUGCAAGAUUUUGACGCUUCAUCGGGUAAGACGAUAUACAUCAAUACAGCAACUGGACUGAGCACCUACAGCACUCCUCCUGCUGAAGGAUUUCAGGCUGCCUGCGUUAAAGAUAUAACGACAAUGGCUGUGACUGUUGUCUCAGAGAAUGAUGCUGAAGGCGAGUCUCUCCAGUCAUUGCUUUCAGAAUGGGAUAAUCCUGUUUUUGUUCGCUGCCCAGAGAUUGCUGUGGAUGUGACCAGCGGUCAGGCAGAGAAUCUGGCUGUGAAAAUUCACAAUAUCUUGUAUCCUUAUCGUUUCACCAAAGACAUGGUCCAUUCGAUGCAGGUUCUUCAGCAAGUGGACAACAAAUUUAUUGCUUGUGUAAUCAACACUAGGAAUGAAAUGGAUAAAAAGGAAGGUGGAAACCUCUUGGUUUUGGUGGACCAACAUGCAGCGCAUGAACGGAUCCGCUUGGAGCAGCUUAUUGCAGAUUCCUAUGAGAAGGAAGCUGCAGCGUGUGGCAAGAAGAAAUUACUGUCCUCCUCCAUCUCUCCCCCUAUGGAGAUUGAAGUUACGGAAGAGCAAAGAAGAAUUCUACGAUGCUGCUACAAAAAUUUGAAGGAUCUGGGCCUUGAAUUAUCAUUUCCUGAGACCAACAGCUCCUUGAUUCUAGUCAAGAAAGUGCCGCUGUGUUUUAUAGAAAGAGAGGCCAAUGAAUUACGACGGAAAAGACCACCUGUCACUGAAAGCAUUGUGGAGGAGUUUAUUCAAGAACAAGUUGAGCUAGUGCAGACCACAGGACGAGCACGAGGGACACUGCCUCUGACGCUUCUGAAGGUGUUAGCUUCCCAAGCCUGUCAUGGAGCUAUUAAGUUCAACGACAGUUUGACUUUGGAGGAGAGCUGUCAGCUCAUUGAAGCUUUGUCCUCUUGCCAGCUGCCCUUCCAGUGUGCUCACGGAAGGCCUUCCAUGAUGCCCCUUGCAGACAUCGACCAUCUACAGCAGGAAAUUCAGCCUAAACCUAAUUUGUCUAGACUGCGGAAGAUGGUUCGAGCAUGGCACCUAUUUGGGAGCAAAGACCCUAACCAAAAAAAAAUACUGACCUAGGAAGCAGAGAGCAGCCAGGAGACCACGGCAGAAGCCCAGCCCUGAAGCCUGGAGAAGCAUCUUCAACGUUAAGGAACUGUGUUGUAAACCUGGGUCACGUCACUGCUUGACUAUCAAGGGCAAGUUGCAGCCACUCACAGUUACUGCAAGCACAGCAGGAUUCUGCAUAAUAGAGAAGAGACUUUUAAUUAAUGGAUUUUAUAGUGCUUUGAAAUUGAGGAGGUAUUUAUUAAUAAAAUUAACUCUAAACUAUU